GCAGCUUUAUCGUGACCUUAUUCUACUAUUCCCGGUUCAACGGCUGGUUUCAGAGGCAGAAUGGCAUCUGUCAAGAUGGGCGGUUUGCCGUCGCUGCGCAAACAGCAGCUCCUCUCAGAGUUCACUGGACUCAAGCAGGCCUGCCCUGAAGGAAUAUUCGUCAGUCUUACUCCGGGAGAUGCCACGCUCUGGUCGGGCGUCCUCUUUGUCCGCAAAGGCCCGUAUUGUCCUGCCAUCCUCAGGUUCCAGAUAUCAUUUCCCGACGCCUAUCCUCAGCUACCGCCCCUAGUCACCUUCUCGACCGACAUGUUCCACCCCCUUAUCACGCCUUUGACCACCUACGUUUACAGCACCGAGAUCGAAGACAGCGGCACAGUGAGCGCCUCGGACCAGGAACGGCUGCCCCCCGGCGGGUUCAGCCUACGGCAUGGAUUCCCAGAUUGGUUCGGCCGGGGAAGAAGGAGCAUGAUAGAAGCGCGACGGACUUCGGGACAGCAAACGUCAAGUCCAGGUCCGACCGGCAGCAUAUCGAGCGCCACCACGACACCUGCAUCGUCAGCGGGGAAACCAUCCUAUAUGCGAACCGGGAAGAAGAGUGUAUCGGCUUACGAGGUACUACACUACAUCCGCAGCACAUUCGACGACGAGGAAGUUCUAGACUCGGUGCCGCUGGCCGCAGCUGGAAACCCGGGUGCCUGGCAUGCUUGGAGGACGCACAGGCGGGCAGCAGGCAAGCUGACAGAAGACACCACCGCCGCCGCUCCAUCGCAAGGGGGGGAGGAGAAGCCCAAAGAAGAAGGCGAGCAGGCCUCGGAUCAAGCGCAGGACAAGGCGACACCUGCGUCACCUGCCGUCACGACUCGACAUCCCGGGGAGUGGAAUUGGGAUGGGGUCUGGGAGGACAGAGUCAAGAAGGGGAUUGCCUCGAGUUUGUCGGAGCCUGUCCUCUAUGGCGGGACGAAUACAGCUGAUGAUCUGAUCAAAUUCCUCCCUAUGGAGGACAACGACGUAGACUCGGUCAAGGAGAAUCUCCGCCGGACGCUCGGGCAAUCUGCGUGAUUUCACUCCAUAAAUGGAUUCGAGGUGCUCUUAUUCAAGUUCCUCCGCUUUGUUCCAUAGCAUGCCUCAGAUUUCGCCUUCCUCAGAGUUGUCGUUUGUUGAAGCUGCAACAGCUACCCUAGGGCAAGGUAGAGUUUGGCCAGGAAGGAUGGAGUUUCUCUCGCUGCUUCUUCGCAUUGGAUGCAAGUCUAGUGCUUGCCUUGUCUCUGUUACUUUGCUACGUGUAUAGCAAGAGCACUCUGAUACCCCUAAACUAAAAUCUUGUUAUUCUUGUAGUUGGUAACCCAGUUAAAUAUGACUAGCCACUCGCCC